UCAAGCAGGACCUGCGCUCAAGCACACUCUGCGCCUGCGCACAACUCUCCGCACUCGAGUUUGUUUGUUUUUGCGAUAUUGGAAUCGAGGGGGAAAUAAAAGGAGAAGAAAGAGGAGAAUAUUAUAAGAGUAGUAGAAGAACCCGGUUGCUGUUUCCUCGUCUCUCAGACAGAUGGAUCCGCGGAAAGUGGCUGAGCUGAAGGGCUUCGUGCAGCUGUGUAAGGAGAACCCCGGGGUACUGCACCUGCCCGAGAUGGAGUUCUUCCGCACCUGGCUGCAUGGACUGGGAGCAACCAUUCCACCACUGUCUAAAAACUCAGGCUGUAAGGGAAGCUGUCCGUGUGACGCAGCCCCGCCCCCUCAGACAGCCCCUCCUCCUUCUCAGGCAGAGCCGGCCCCACCCUCUGAGAGCGACGAGAGCGAAUUAGAGAUGGACAAGGAGGGGGUGAUCGACCCCGACACGGACCAGGGGCAGGAGAUGGGCGACUACGAGAACCUGGAGGUGACGGAGGAGAUGAUGGACCAGGCUAAUGAGAAGAAGAUGGAGGCCAUCGAUGCCCUGGGAGAGGGAGAGCUCCAGAAAGCCCUGGAUCUGUUCACAGACGCCAUCAAACUGAACCCACGGUCAGCUAUAAUCUACGCUAAGAGAGCCAGUGUGUACAUCAAGAUGCAGAAGCCGAACGCAGCGAUCAGAGACUGUGACAGAGCGAUAGAGAUAAACCCCGACUCAGCACAGUCCUACAAGUGGAGAGGGAAAGCACACAGGUUACUGGGUCACUGGGAGGAAGCAGCUAAAGACUUGGCCAUGGCGUGUAAACUGGACUACGAUGACGACGCCAGUGCCAUGCUGAAGGAGGUCCAACCCAAAGCGAAUAAGAUCCAGGAGCACCGGCGUAAGUACGAGCGUAAGAGAGAGGAGAGAGAGAUCAAAGAGAGACAAGAGAGAGUGAAGAAGGCGAGAGAGGAGCAUGAGAAAGCACAGAGGGAGCAGGAAGCCAGGCAGCAGGCAGGAGCAGGAGCACAAGGAGGAUUCCCAGGAUUCCCAGGAGCUGGAGGUUUCCCAGGGGGCGCUCCGUUCGGGAUGCCCGGUCUGCAGGAGCUGUUUAACGACCCCGAGGUUCUCAUGGCCAUGAAGGACCCUGAGGUGAUGGCAGCGUUUCAGGACGUGGCUCAGAAUCCGGCCAACAUCUCCAAGUAUCAGAGUAACCCCAAGAUCAUGGCGCUCAUCAACAAGCUCAGCUCCAAGUUCAGCGGCCCACAGGCCUAGUGUCACAUCGUGAUGAGCUCUGAAACAGCACUUACACACACACACACACACACGCACACACGCACACACGCACACUCUCUCUCUCUGUCUCUUUUAUGUGAUUUAUUUCUUCCUGUGCACUUCCGGGUAAUAAAGGUGUAAUAAACUCUGUCUAACUCCACACUGUUAACGGUUCAGGGCUGUCUAAGAGCAUCGGCUAAUCAGUAUAAAGCCAAUGUGUGUGUGUGUGUGUGUGAGAGAGAGAGAGAGAGAGAAAUAGUCCAAAUCACUGCCUCUGUUAUUAAAAAGUCUUUGUGAGUGUGUGUACUCUUACUGUUCCAAACCCAGGAGCGUUAAAAAGAGCUAAACCAGUUCAAACUAGUCAGGUCUUAAUCGAGUCAUUUUUGUGAUGUCGGUUCUGUUAAAAACAUAAAACAAAAUAAGAAACCUUUCGGAAUAACAAAAAAAAAAAAAGUUUGCUUUUAUCUUAGAUCGUUCAGAACAAUGAUUUCAUUCAAUAAAGGUUUGAUGUGUUGAUCUCA